AUGUCGAGGAGACAAUUUGAACGUUUGAUUACAAUUGAAACAAAUUCAAUUUUACCAGCUAACAAAUUGGCAACAGAAAUUGUUACAUUGCAGAACAAAAAUGAACCUCAACAACAGACUUCAAAUUCAUCAGAAAAUGUUAUACAUUCUAAUGCGUCAGAUGAUGUUGAUGAUUCAAUUAUGCUAUCAGUUGGUAACCAUUCAAGUUCAAUUAAUUCACCUUCUGAAGAUACUUGUAUUGAUGAUACUAAUUUAUGUAUGCCUUUAACUAGUAUUGGAUGUGAUAAUAAUAAUUCACUUGAAAAUAAAUUAAGACAUUUAAUAUCUAAAUACCAUGUUUCCCAUAAUUUUAUAAAUGAACUCUUAAUUGUAUUAAGAUCUGAAGGUCUAAAAUUACCUAAAGAUGUAAGAACUCUAUUAAAAACUCCUCGUGCACACGAAAUUGUUAAUAUACAUCCUGGAUCUUAUAUUCAUAUUGGAAUUGAGUUUUUGAUAAGACCAAUUUUAGAAGCAUAUUACAAUCAACUUCAUGAUAUUUCUUUAAUAAAAUUAAGUUUAAAUAUUGAUGGACUACCACUGACAAAAAGUUCCAAAUCAAGUUUCUGGCCUAUUUUAAUUUCAUUUGUUGACAUUCUUGAGCUAUCACAAAAAUGUUUACCUGUUGGUAUUUACCAUGGUCAGUAUAAAAAACCCACAUCAAUAUUUGAAUUUUUAAAUCCGUUUAUUAAUGAAAUGCAAUUUAUCAAGGCUAAUGGAAUAAAAAUAAAAAAUAAAGUAUUUAGGUUUGAUAUUAGCCAAGUAGUUUGUGAUAGUCCCGCUAAGGCCUUUAUACUUAACGUUAAACAGCACAAUGCGUAUCACAGUUGUAACUCGUGUAUAGAAGAAGGAACUUUUUUAAAUAAUCGUAUGUCAUAUUCAGGUAUAAAUUCCCAAUUACGAACAAAUGAAUCAUUUCGUAGUAAAAAGGAUGAAGACUAUCAUAAAGGCAUUAGCCCUUUAGAAAUGUUUCCUGAUUUAAACAUAACAGAUGCUGUAGUGUUAGAAUAUAUGCAUUGUGUGUGCCUAGGUGUGAUGAAGCGAUUACUAUUAUUUUGGAAAAAAGGAAAAAAAACCACACGUUUUAUUAAUGAUGAUAUUGAAAAUGAGAUAUCAACAGAUCUUAUACGUUUAAAAUCAUUUUUUCCAAAAGAAUUUAGCCGUUUACCUCGUUCAUUAGAAGAGCUCGAGUUCUGGAAAGCCACAGAAUUUCGCUCAUUUCUACUUUAUUCUGGCCCGAUUGUACUCAAAGGAAAACUAAAAAAGUCAUUAUACAAACAUUUUAUGUUGCUACACUGUUCAAUCCGAAUACUUAUGUCGGAUGAAACAUGCAUCACCUACAAUGAAUUAGCCAAUAGUUUAUUAAGACAAUUUGUUACUCAAUAUUCAAAUCUAUACGGAGAGGAAUAUAUAACUUAUAAUGUACAUGGCUUAAUACAUUUAGCUCAAUUUGUAAAAAUUCAUGGUUCGUUAGACAAAUUUAGCGCUUUUAAAUUUGAAAACUGCUUACAAAUUAUUAAAAGUACUUUAAAAAAUUGUAGAUUUCCUCUUCAAGAUGUGUAUAAUAGAUUAAUAGAAUAUAAAAAUAUUGAUAUUGCUCCUUUUGUGAAUUACCCGAUUUUAAAAAAAGAAAUUGCUUAUGAUCCCUUGUUGUACAGUGAUCCCACUGAUACAUUGUAUGAAUCAAUAGUUUUAGAAAAAUGGAUUAUAAGUACUGUGAAUAAUAAAAAUAUGUAUUUUAUGUUAAAAAAUGAAAAUGUUAUUUGUAUCAAAAAAAUUAUAAAAAAGGCAAUUGGAAAUAUAAUUUUAGAAGUUGUUAAGUUUAACUCAAUGCCAAUGUUUAAUGAUCCAUUUAAUUCUAGUUUGAUUGGUGAUUUUUAUGUAGAUUUAUCUAGUCAAAGCAUUUCUUUUUUUAUUAAUUUGUGUGAUAUAAAGUAUAAAUGUUUGUUUAUCAAUGUCUCAAAUAUAAAAGCUAUUUCAAUAACUUGUGUACAUAAUGAUAAUUAA